CCGUCUGCAGCGAGGUGGGUAGAGUUAGCUUUAGCACAACGCAAAUUCAGUCAUUACAUUGCUGCCUGUCAAAACCGUUAAUUUUAUGUUUGUAGCCGUAGUUGUCAUUGCGUUCAGCGCCCGUUUAUUCGUGCUUCCCCCCUGUAAAAGCUCACUAGUUCUAAUUUGGCUAAAGAGGCAACGGUUGCAUCGGUUGUGAAUAAUCUAACCCAGUUUUUGCAGCCAGUAGCUCACCGGUUGUAUCUUUAACUGUUACCACAACGCUAACAGAAAGCUACCGUGAAUGUGAAUACAUCUGUGAAUGAAGGUCGCUUUUUCCCCAACAGGAGCCUAACAUUACAGUCUGUAUCUGUGAAUAUAUUUACUCCUCCUAUCUAUCAACAUGAGUGAUCCUUGGCAAGAGUGUAUGGAUCACUGUGUGGAGCUCACCAAAAAGGCUGGGAAGAUGAUCCGUGAGGCGCUCCAGAAGGACAUCGCCGUCAUGCAGAAGAGCUCACCAGUUGACCUGGUGACCGAGACGGACCAGAAAGUGGAACAGCUCAUUAUAUCCUCCAUCAAGGAAAAGUACCCCACUCACAGCUUCAUAGGUGAGGAGUCAGUGGCAGCAGGUGCUCCCAGCGUUCUAACCGACAAUCCCACUUGGAUCAUCGACCCUAUUGAUGGUACCACUAACUUUGUUCACAGGUUCCCAGUUGUGUCUGUAUCAAUUGGCUUCACUGUGAAGAAAGAGAUAGAGUUCGGGAUUGUCUACAGCUGCAUCGAGGACAAGAUGUAUACAGCACGGAAAGGGAAAGGAGCAUUCUGCAAUGGUGUCCCUAUCAAAGUGUCUGGACAAAAAGAUAUAAGCCAGUCCCUGGUACUGACUGAAAUGAGCUUCAAGAAGGAUCCUGAGCAUUUCAAGACUAUGUUGGCCAACAUAAAGACCAUCCUCACCAUCCCUGUACAUGGUAUCCGCUCCCCGGGCAGUGCAGCUGUCAACAUGUGUCUGGUAGCGUGCGGAUCAGCUGAUGCUUACUACCACAUGGGCAUCCACUGCUGGGACAUGGCUGGAGGGGCAGCGGUUGUGACUGAAGCUGGAGGAGUUAUCAUGGACAUUUCAGGUGGACCAUUUGAUCUGAUGUCUCGGAGGCUGAUCAUCGCCAGCAGCAGAGCAAUAGCAGAACGCAUUGCUAAGGAGAUAACAGAGUUUCACGUUGGCAGGGACGACACAGAUGGCUAGUCAAUUUCCAUGAUCUCCUAAGUUUACAUGCAACUUGUAUUUGUACUUGUAUUUAACAGGUCAGGAUUCCGUCUUUGCCUUAAGAACUAAAACGAUAAACUUACCUCUGAAGAACAGAUGAAUGGGAUUGUUAAAUAUUCAGCGCUUUAGACUUCCAGCCUUCAUUCUGCUUUCUUAAAACAAGUCAUUAUUGUAAUUCUGCACUUAGCCAUUCACAAAUUCAGACUGAACAGUACUGAUUAAUGAUGAUUCUGUCAGUGUGUCCUAAUACACACUUGUUUUUAUAGUAUUGUUUUUAAUCAGUCAUUUUUUAUUAUUUUAUUAUUUAUUUUUGUAGGGACUGGGAUCGAGACCCGGUUCUAGAAGGACCCGGUUCCAAAUUUCUCAAAACCCGAAAAUCAAUAAGGUCCGAGCUUAUCGAUACUGCUAUCGAGACUAGCAGGUCCUAUAACGUAACAUUAUGUCUCGAGAGAGUCGUGUCAUUUAAAUCAAAUCACUGGUGCACAAACAUACAUCAAUUUUCUAAUAACGAUUUUGAAUUCAAUUGAACUGCCUGACGCCCUCGUUCGCUUCAUUUCUCAUUUGGUCAAUUGAGCAAAGCAGUCAAAGGCUUGGCUACAUUUCAGUAAAGCCAAAGAUAAAGGGGAAGCAAAAUGCCAUUUAUGUUAAUUUCUUGUAAAAAAUAUGUGAUAUCUUAAAGUGACAGUACAGACAUUAACCAACACUUAAAGGUCCGUGUGUAACAUUUAGGAGGAGCUAUUGGCAGAAAUGGAAUAUAAUAUUUAUAAGUAUGUUUUCAUUAGUGUAUUAUCACCUGAAAAUAAGAAUUGCUGUGUUUUCAUUACCUUAGAAUAAGCCGCUUUUUAUCUACAGAGGGAGCGGGUCCCCUUCCACAGAGCUCACCAUGUUGCACUGCCAGGUUUCUACAGUAGCCCAGAACGGACUAAAACAAUCACUGGCUCUAGAUAGGGCCGUUGGCUUUUUUCACAAGGCCGCCGUAGUUUCUCCUACACGCUUGGAACGGGAGGGUGAUGCGAGUAGUAUUCAAAUGGUUACAAACUGCAUUUUCACCGCUAGAUGCCACUAAAUCCUACACACUGGACCUUUUAAGUGUCAAAACGAAAUAAUUAUUGAAACAUAAACAGAACAGUUUCUUCAAUAUUUAGCACAUUUUAUCAAAUUAAAAAUGUGUCACUUGCCUAGUAAUAAGUUGUUUUUAAUGAUAGGCCAAAAUAUGUUUAACAUUUGCCAACUUCAUUCAUUUAGAUGGAGGUCAGCUCAAGCUCACCCGAUCUUUAUUCAAAUUGUUGGACAUUUGUUGCCGCUGAUAUUAUUUUACUAUUCUCAUAGUUAUACGUUAUGUUGAAGGGGCACUGUGUAUUUCUUUUGAAAUAAAUGCCCAGCAUCAGCAGUGUUUAUUGAUGGCUAGGCAAAUUUCUGGUCAGAAAUCAAACAGUCACAGACUCACAGUUAAGCAAUAAAAGCAGUACCAGUUCUGUUAAGAAUUUACUGUAAUCUGGUCUUUCCACCAAAUUAAUAGAAAAGUAUCGAUAAAGACUCGGAUCGUUAAGCAGUCUUGAAAAUGGUAUCAAUAUCAAUAAAAAUUAAUGAUCCCCAUCCCUAUAAAUGUGUUCAGGUUUUGACCAAUAAUAUUGCUUUUCCAUGUAGGAUUCUGGGGCUUGAAUUUAGACUUUUUAAACUUAGGUUAGUGUAUUUAGUUACAUUUAGAAACAUUUGUUUAUACAGUAAGUAUUUAUUUCAAUGCCAUCACUAGUUUGCACUACAGUUACGUAUACCAUAUACUGUGUACAUAUAACUACUGUACUGUAUAACUACUUCUAUAUCAAGUCCAGACUUACAUACCCUAAUGGUGUUCUUAAAAUUGUGUGCGGGUAUGUUUAAAAGUGUUUUAAUAUGAAGUGUUUUCUGUAAAAAUGUAAUGAAGGCAGCAAAUAAAAAGCACUUUAAAUAAC